UCGACGACUGCAACAAGUGAAAGCCUUUUUCUUAUACUGUAAUGGAAGAAAGUUACUGAAAUGAGUGAAUUAAAGUGAUUAAUAACAAUUGAUAUUAAAAUAUAUUCAAACUACAAAUUACGGCUUCCAAAAUGGCUGCUAAAUUCCUGAAAAAACGGGAAGUAGCUAAGCUUGUGACUGAAAACAGGCAGCCUUGUGUUUUCUGCAAUCAGGAUGUGGACGAUGAAGUGAUUUUCGGCAAAUUAUACUCUUAUGGUGAUAUACAAUGUCAUUACUUCUGUGUGCUGUUAUCCUGCUGCCUGGUGCAAAAGGGCCGGGACACGGAAGGCCUGUUUGGUUUCCUGUACAAGGACAUAUUGGCUGAGGUGGAGCGGAGCAAGAAACAUAAAUGUUCGUACUGCGGGCGCGGCGGCGCCAGCCUGGGGUGCUCGGUGGCGGCGUGUCGCAAGCAGUUCCACCUGCCGUGCGGCCGCCAGAAGAAUGCUGUCUCGCUCUUCUACGGCAAUUAUAAAUCGUUCUGCGAGCUCCACGCUCCGAAACAGAAGAUAUCAGACGACGUGAUGGCGAAGGCCAAGGAGAGAAUGAAGAUUGAGAAACAGAAGAAAGCGGGCAAGAUACCCGCCAGCGGGGAAGGAAACCAACAGGCCGAGAGUCCAGAAGACCCGGCCAUGGUGUGCGUGAUCUGCUACGAGCCGGUGCCGGCGUACCCGAGCACGCAGACCUUCUGGCCGCCGUGCUGCGGCCGCGACGCCUGGCUGCACCGGACCUGUCUCCAGCGGAUGGCUCUAAGCGCGGGCAUGCACUACCUGAAGUGCCCGCUGUGCAACGACAAGGACAACUUCUAUGAUGCUGUGUGCGAUCAGGGCUACUAUCUGCCGGACCGCGAUGCAGCUUGGGAGUUGGAGCAGAAUGCAUUCGCGGAGAUAUACACCCGGGACGCGUCGUGCGCCGCCGCCGAGUGCCUGUGCCCCUUCGGCCGGAGCCAUGACGAGCUUGGCACUUGGGACAUCAAGCUGUGCCUGCUGUGCGGCAGCUGGGGGCAGCACUCGGGCUGCGCGGCCGGCGCGCGCGCCACCUGCGGCGCCUGCGCGCCCGCCGCCGCCGCCGGGGACAUGGCGCGGCUGGAGGCCAAGCUCACCCAAGUGAUGAUGGCGGAGCAGGCGCAGGCGCAGCAGCGCGCGUGCAGCGGGCCCGUCAUGCCGAGUCGCAUGUCCCUCCGCCGCACCAAGGGCCGGCUACAGACACACAGUGCUUCAAGUUCAUCACAAAAUUUGCCGACUCACGAAACUCAAAUCAAGACUGAAUCACGACCCACCGACCGUCUGGACCUGAACCUGAAGACCCCCCGCCGCCCCAAGCUCCUCACUCCCACCCUCAAGGAGCUGGAGUCCAAGCUCCUCUCCCCCAUGAAGCUGCUCGAGCAGACCUACCUGGAGAAGGGGGGUGGGGGGGACGUGGUGGUGCCCGGAGACGUUCUGGAGACGAUUCGGCUGCGGUUCAGCAAGCCGAGACCGCUUAGUGCGAAAAAGAAGAUUGUCAAUGAGAUCUUAGACGACCUGUUCAAGAAUGUGUUCAAGGAGAACCAGAAGAGCAAAGACCCGGUCAGGGAGUGGCACUCACCCAAGAAAUCCUGUGACAUCACUGCCGACAUGAACGAAGCAGUGAAGGAAUUUAUGGAGCCAACUCUUAACACGAAUGAAGAGGUUCGAGAAAAUAUAGAAGAAAAGUCCAUGAAAGUUGAUGAAAACGGUGAUAAUGAUAGAGAAAACUUAGGAGAACAAUCAGAUAUACUUGAUGAAAACUCAAGUGACAAAGAAAACAAUAUCAAUCAAAAUAAUGGAAACGAUGAUAAAAGCGAUGACGAAUCGUCCUCUAGCACCUUCCGAUUGGCUCCAGAAUUUAUAGCUGACAGUGAUGACAGCUUGCCAAUCAUCGACACACCGAAGAAACUCAAAAUGGUGGACAUUAAACAAGACUCCAUUGAAAUAUCGAAGAAAGAUGAGAUAGUUAACAUAGACGUAGUGCAAAUCGGGAGCGGCAAAGAAAAGGAGUUCGUGAAAAACUUAGAUUUGAAGAGUCCAGUUAAGAAUAAGAUGUUCUCGUUUAAAUUCAGUCCGUUGGACAAAGAGCCUUUGAAAACUGAUGUAGAUAUGGACGUAGAGAGUUUCAAAGAUCGGUACCUGAAUGAGGUAGACAGGGAAAAAUGUGUCAAGCAUUCGAAAAAUGAAGAGAGAAAGAAAGUUGAUUCGACUGGCAAAAAGUGUAAGAAGAGAAAAUUAGAAAUGACAGAAGAAGUUCGUAAGAAACGAAAGAACGACUGUAAACAGAAGGAUGGUAUGAAACAUAAGAAAAUUAAACUCAAAAUAAAGGCAAUAGAUCCGGAAAAGGGGCAGAAGAGAACCAAAAAGAUGAAGAAAAUGAAAGAACUUCACAAGAAAAUAAUAAGAGAUAAGCAUGUAAGCAUUAAAAUAAGACUAAAGGAUGGAAAUAAGUGUAAAACUAAGAAAUCAAAGAAAAUACAGAAGGUGAAGAGUUAUAAGCAGUACGUGUUGAAAUAUUCGCCUUUACUGAGCAGUAACAUUGCCAAGCCGGAGACAGAUGUUACUCCGAUGAAGAGGAAAUAUACGAAGAUAGAGAAGUCACCGUCGGACAAGCUAGUUCAGACUUCUAUACAGAGUUUUUUUAAAGUGAAAUAGACUCCAACCAUGCCAAGUUUGCACUGAGUUGGCAGUAAUCUCCUUGGAUUUCACGGGCCUAUAAAUCCCGGUCUUUUGAUAGGCUUGCGUGGGGCUAUAGAACCAACAUUUAGAGGCCCCUUGGAGAGCUUUAAUGUCAUGUAGAACGCCUGCUGGAACCCGUUCACAGGCGCAACAAUCAGUGUUGGGCGUAAUUAAUUACUUGAGUAAUUUAAUUACUAAUUGAAUUACAUGUAAUUGAAUUGUUUGUAAUUGAAUUACAUGGUAAUUUAAUUACAUGUAAUUCAAUUUGCUGUGUAAUUCGCAAUUGUAAUUACAUUAAUUGGUAAUUAAAUUAUUCAAUUACUUUUCGUUACCUUUUUUAUUAA